CUGGGCAUUCUCAUCAAUGGCAACCAGUUCGCUGAAUGGAUCCUCGUCCGACUCGGAACAUCAGAUCGAUACUGACAGCGUGCAGUUCAGAUCCGUGUAGAGUCCAGUAGCUGGACAUGUUUGAGAGUAUUGUGCAUCGAUCCAGUUCACUAACCAGCCCAUGAAAGGAUUAUCUGGUUCUAAAACUGUUGGGUGACGACAUUCGUCUGCCAAACAGUCAAACUGAAUGGCAUGACACAUGAUGUGCAGUUCCUUUCUCCAAGACCAAUCAUAACCAUGCAUGCGACUGCGUAGGCCCCUGACUAACUUGCCAUGCUUUUCACGGUGUGCUACGCCUACUUGACCUUCUCCACGGCUUGGCGUGACUACAGACAGAAGGCAAAGGUGAUGAACGCCCUGCGUUGCCAUGGCGCCCGGGCCAGCAUCGCCUUUCGGAAGAUCCUCCAGGAGGGCACGAUCAGUGAAGGAGACAAGAUGAGGGCUUCAUUUCUUUGCGAGACGGGUGAGCAACCAAUCAUCUCACAGCUUCUCGGCGAGAAAAGAGGGAAACAGAUGCUUGUGGUACAUCCCAAGCAACAAGUUGAUCUGUCUAAAGACUGGACAUCUUUCAUUGGAACAACCACCACGAGUGCAUCACCCUACAGGGAUCCAGACCCAGCAUCUUCCUCGAGCCUGGACUCCGUCUUUGUCCUCUUGGAGGCCUUCCCACCGAAGAAGGACCGCCAGGGUCGUCUGAACCUACGGAAGGUCGCGCGGGAGCGAGUGGUGAAGCUGUCAGGACUGACCACCCCAUUGGCCUGGAAGUCUGGCGAGCCAUUCGGCAUCCUGGUGCAGGCGUCUGCCAACAACUUUGGACUGGUGGGCUCUGCCUAUCUGGAAGGAGUGCUGGAGCUCGAUGAUGGGCUGCUGGUGGAGCAGAUAGUCUGUGUUGAUACAAUUGGUGAGCCCUUCAGCCUCAUCAAUCAAGACCCCAAAACCCCCUCUCCAUCCCCCUUCCCAUCCGCCUCUCCUUUCCACCGUUCCCCUUCUGGAAACAGCCUCUUCCAAAGGUCGGGUUCCUCCCAAAAGGACGUGAAACCUCUUCGCAGGAAACACUCUCAGGAAUUCAUCAAGAAACUUGAGGAGCAGCAGCGAAGACUGUCCCGUAAGUCCUCGUCGGAGUCUAGCGAUCUCGGAAGCAUUUCGGUCGAGAUGGCAAGCCCAGGACUUGACGAUGAAGUACUGGUGGACAUCAAAGGGCAUCCAAAAUUUCACCUGGGAGAAGUGGAAGAUGUCUCCUCUGGGGAUGUUGGUAAUGGCUCCCAGAAGCCUCCCAAUGUUCUUGUGUAUACGGGAAAUGACGACGUGGACGACUCCAGGUACAAGAUUGCCAUGACUUUUCUUGAGAAAUUCCUUCACAGAGAUCGCUACGUUAUCUACCAUUUGAAACCAGAACAAGCUUUGGCCCAUCCGUGGGCUGACAACUGCAUGCUGCUUCUCCUGUUGAUGGGCACUGAACCGAUUCCCGAUAACACGCUGAAGAAGUUCACCGAUUAUGUCAAGUCUGGCGGGUUCCUCUUCUUGCUCAAGGGGCAAAGCACCACUCCCCCAAAAAACCCGAGUGUGUGCACCAUUGAGUACUCUAAAGCUCUCGGGGAUGAGGUGCUGUCCUUUCGAGCAAUGUGCUUAGAGGAUCCCCCCACAAUGGAUUUGUUUCCCAACGGACAGGUGAAGGUUCUUGCAGAGAGCCAGGGAAAUGCUGUUGUUGCCGAAACGUCCUUUGAAGGGAGCACAGGAAAAAUCCUAUCUUCCCUAGUCCAGUUUCAACUCCUCUCCCCGGAGAAUCUGGUUCCAGACACAGAGGCUUUCACAGAACUGAAGCAGUCAAAUGAGGCCCGGCAUCAGGUGAUCUUUGACCUCUUAGGUCGUUUUGGGUUGAAGUGCGCGACCUCAGAGCUGCCAGAACUGACCGUUGGCUACUUACUGGGAGUUAACGAGCGAGUAGGCCGUGCCUUCAUGAGCGCCAUCCAGCCAAGCCUCAAUGAUGGUCAGCUGGCCAGUCGCUUCCUAACCAUGCAGUUCAGCAGUGACCCCCGUGGGGUCGGCAAAGUGACACCUGACCUCCUGCCAGUCAUCACCGGCCAAAGGUCACCGCAGGGUGGUUCGUUUGACUUCGAAGUUUACAAGGGUAAUCUGUCAACUAAGAGCUUGGGAAAUGUUGUGCUGUACACGGAGGUGGUGCCGACAACUAUGACAUUGUUUGAAAGUUUCAUGUUCAAGGUUCCAGAAGAUGUUGGUGUUGUUACCAUAGCAACCCGCAUGACACAAGGCAAAGGGCGAGGUGGUAACAAAUGGCUUGGCCCCAUUGGCUGCGCCAUGUUCUCUUUGCAUGUGCGUAUUCCUUUCGGCUCGGAACUUGCCGACAAGCUGCCCUUCUUGCAGCACAUUGCCUCAGCAGCUGUUGUGGAGGCUGUCAGAUCCAUUGAAGGCUAUCAGGAUAUGGAUCUAAGGCUGAAGUGGCCCAACGACAUCUAUUACAGCGACAAGAUGAAACUGGGCGGUGUCAUCGUCAACUCAAGCUCUUUGGACAACGUGUUCCAUGCAAUUAUUGGUUGCGGUUUCAACGUUGAUAACAGUGACCCCACUAUCUGCAUCAACGACCUCGUCCGUCUCCACAACAAGCAGACCAACAGUGACCUGCCGUUGCUGACCGUAGAGCAGCUCAUCGCCAGAGCCGUCAAUCAGAUCGAAAGCCUCAUUGGUGGGUUCCAGAGAGAGGGGCCCAAGUUGUUCCUGGAGACGUACUAUAGGAGAUGGCUGCACAGUGGCUGUAAGGUGCGCCUGGAAAAUGAGUCAGGGCCAGAGGUAACGGUAGAAGGACUGGACAAGUCUGGCUUCCUCUUGGUUAGAGACCAGGAGGGGGUGCUACACAGUGUUCAACCAGAUGGCAACAGCUUUGACAUGACCAAAAAUCUGGUGCUGAUGAAGGAGAGAACACAGUGAGCCCUCGCUUGGUCAGAUGCACGCAACUUGAGACCAAGACCCACAUUCAUUUGAAAGUGACAUUAAGGAGGAUAAAGAUGUAUAAAUAUUAGACAGUGCUACCACCGUAGAAGGGUUACAUUUAACUGUAUUUGCACAAUUUUACUCCUUUUUGAACAUUUUUUUGGGUUUAAUUUUUCUACAGUUACUAGUUCUGGUCAGAAUAAAGUCAGGUUUUCAAAAACUAUUGUUUUUAAUUUUGCUAAUGUUAUCAGUUUCAUCAUCAUGUAUAAAAGUCUUCAAAGAAAGAUUAUGUUGUAUUAUUGUAUCAUCAAAUUCUUAAUGGAAAUCACCAUGAUGGUUCUUAAUAGACCACCCACAUGCAUAGGUGUUGAUACCCUACAUGUACAUUGGUUGGAUUUAGGUAGAGGCUGAAAAAGUUUCAUGAAUCGCAUCAGAGCCUUGUGUUCUCGGGACUGAAGAUCAAUUGUUGGAUUGAAGUCCAUCACAGGCAGGUCUCAUCUAGAGUCAAAUCACAGUUGAUAUCACAAGGCCGGUGAAACAGUUGAUGGAAUGAACAAUCUCAUGGUCAUCAUUAACCUGGUAGUGGCUUGACACAAGACGCCUGGCCUAUUGAGAACUGAAAUACAACAAUGCUGUAACUUCCACACCUAUAGUUUCUUUUCAAUUGAGGGCUCUUUGGUUGCCUUUUUUUUUUUAAACUUGGUUGCAGGAUUUAAGCACGUUGUGUGUAAAUUUUGACCUUUUCAACAUUUUUGAAUGCAGACAGUUUAUACUAGACGCAUCAACAUAGACGAAAAAAACACCUAUGUUUACAACCAAAGAAAUUAACAGUAAAAGUUGACUGCAAUGUGUGCUGUGGAAAUGUUCGAGGUUGGACUACACAAGUUCUUUGACAUUAUAGGUAUUUUAACUGUGUGACUUCCUACUUCUCUUGAGUUUUUCCUGCGUCAUUUGUAUUUUAAUGCCAAUUACACUGCAGCAUAAGUAAUUCAGUCUAAAACAGAAAUGUUCCCUUUAAUGAUGUUAAAAAUCUGUAAACGGUGAACUUUUGAAAAGAAUCUCUUACUGUUUUUUUUUUGCAGUCAGUCAAAAAUGCAUCAAGAACUGCAUAUCUACAAAUCCCAUUUGGUUUACUUUGUAAUUCCCCCCCCCCAGUAAUUUUUAUUUGGGCAAUAUUUUUCUUGAAUUCCUAUAACCAUUAGAGUUUUUUCUUGUAAUCUAAACCGUCAUUACUUGGAAUUGUAAUUUCGAAUUGAAUCAAAUCUUUGGAUGUUUGGUUGUCUCCCUGUAGGAAGUGUGUUGGAACACAUGGGUGCAGAGCGUGUAUCGUUUUGUGGCAGUUUCAAUUAGAUGUAAAUAUAUUAUACAUGUGCUUUUUUCGGUCGUAAACAUAAAAAUCCAUGCAUAUGACAUGGAAAGUGAGAGGCUUGCAUCGUAAUAAUUUGGCCACAAGCACAGAUAUAAUGAACAGUCUGCGAGGCGCUCAUGUGCUUACAAAAGUGAGCAUUAUGCUAGUUUGAAUAUUAGGCCUGUGCACGCGUUUUUUUUUUCCAGUAGUCGUAGGGAAUCCUUGGAUUUUUAUAUACAUGUGUUAUUUUCUUCCAAGUCUUUUUUCUUACAGGUUUUUCUUACAACACAGUUGUCAGGUGAACUUCCAUUGACAAAAGAAGUUCCCUUUUUCAAUGCAUGGUAGCUUUAUGGAGUGUUUGUUCUGGCAGUGCUGUGCUAAACAUGGUAACGAACAACCUCAAAGUCGGACACAUAGUAAUUAUGUAUUAAACAAUACAUGUGUGCUGAUUGGUUCAGUUAUGGGA